UUUUUAAAAACCAAAACCCAUACAAAUAGAAGAAAAGCUACACCUAACUACUCACCACUCUACCAACCCCAACUCCAAAAAUAAAACAGUGAAAGUCGCUUUACCUUCAUUGCUUUCUUCUCCUUUCUCACCUCAAAGUCUCAACGCCAUGACUUUCGAAAGCUUUCCGUUGCCGAUCACAGAUUUUCAAAUUGGUGAUGGAGCUCAAAGGAAUUCAACAUUAAUUUGUGUGCCAAUAAUGGCAGAAUCAGUUGAUCGGAUGCUGGUUGAGAUGCAAAAGGCAAAGGAAGUUGGUGGUGAUCUUGUUGAGAUUCGGGUGGAUUUCUUGAAGAACUUUGUUCCAAGACAAGAUCUUGAUAUCCUGAUCAAACAAGCUCCAUUGCCAACUCUUGUCACCUUUAGACCAAGAUGGGAAGGUGGCCAAUAUGAUGGUGAUGAAAGCAAGCGGCAAGAAGCACUACAUCUAGCCCUGGAAUUGGGAGCAGAUUACAUUGAUAUUGAACUGAAGGUUGCUUGUGACUUCUUUAAUUCACUUCCAGGGGAUAGGCCUGAAAAUGUCAAAAUUAUAGUUUCUUCACACAACUACGAAAGUACUCCAUCUGUUGAGGAAUUAGGUGACCUAGUUGCAAGAAUACAGGCUACCGGUGCUGACAUAGUGAAGAUAGCUACAACUGCUUUAGACAUCAAAGACAAUGCUCGAAUAUUUCAAGUACUUGUUCACUCUCAAGUCCCAAUGAUUGGACUUGUCAUGGGAGAGAGGGGUUUGAUGUCAAGGAUCCUUGCUGCAAAAUUUGGAGGAUUUCUCACUUUUGGUUCACUUGACGCAGGAGUAGUAUCAGCCCCUGGGCAACCAACUGUGAAGGAAUUGUUGGAUUUAUACAAUAUGAGGCAUAUAGGACCUGAUACCAAAGUAUAUGGUGUCAUUGGAAAUCCCAUCAGUCACAGCAAAAGUCCUCACCUCUACAAUGCAGCAUUCAGAUCCACUAGUUUUAAUGGAAUAUAUCUACCUUUGUUGGUUGACAAUGUCUCAAAUUUUAUCACUGCUUAUUCAUCCCCUGACUUUGCUGGAUACAGUUUUACUAUUCCUCACAAGGAGGCUGGACUUAAAUGUUGUGAUGAGGUUGAUCCCAUUGCCAAGCAAAUAGGAGCAAUUAGUUGCAUGAUCAGAAGACCAACUGAUGGAAAAUUGAUUGGCUACAAUAUUGACUACCUUGGAGCUAUUGCAGCUAUUGAAGAGGGACUAAGAGCAUCAAAUGGCACAACACCUGCAUCUGGUUCGCCAUUGGCCGGUAAAAUAUUUGUUGUAAUUGGAGCUGGUGGUGCUGGAAAGGCACUCGCUUAUGGAGGAUAUGAAAAAGGCGCUAGAGUAGUGGUUGCCAAUCGCACGUAUGACAAAGCUGAAGAACUUGCUGGCAAAGUUGGAGGACAAGCCCUUUCCCUUGCUGCGUUGAAUGAUUUCCAUCCAGAAGAAGGGAUGAUCCUCGUUAAUACUACAUCUGUUGGAAUGAAACCAAGAAUCGAUAAGACACCAGUAUCCAAGGAAGCUUUGAAACACUACUCAUUGGUCUUUGAUGCCAUCUACACACCAAAGUUAACCAGACUCCUGAGAGAAGCACAGGAGUCUGGAGCCACUAUCGUAUAUGGCACAGAGAUGUUCAUCAAUCAAGCAUUUGUACAGUUCAAGAUGUUCACUGGUUUGCCAGCACCAAAGCAACUCAUUAGGGAUGUGUUGGCAAGAAAUACAUAAGAAGGAAUUUGCUUAUUCAAACUCUUGUUGCAACUGAACUUUUUCAGUUGCAACAAAUUUUCUUGUUCUUUUAUUAUAGCUAUUAACAUGUUGUAUUGUUAAAAUGUACUAGAAGAUGGAUCAUUACCUUAGGAAAGGGUUCAUGUAAUGAAGCUCAAGCCCUGAUUCUUGGUCUAGGUUUUUUUUUUUUUUUUUUAAAUUUUAGUUUGGUCAUUAAUUUACAGGAUAAAAUCAAAAUAUUUCCCUAUUUAAUGAGUUUUCAUUUUGUGAAUCACAAUGGUGGCUGCGUAAGAUCUUCA